UGUCGAAUACGACAUUACACCAAAACACAUACCUACAUCUACUCGUGAAAUAAAGAAAAUAUUCAAAUUUAUUCGCAGAAUAGUAUUUUUAUCUGGGCUUUAAUGGCGCAACCGUCGUGGACCUAAUGUAUCGUGCACCAUUGUCGCCCUGUGAACUCGCGCGGCAGAAAUGUCUUGACGUCCUCAGGGAGGUUUAUAAAGAUGUUCCGUGAGGAAUUAAGUCACAUCGUUUGGAGCCGAGGAGCUGAUAAGAUGUCACCAAAGCGUAGUGCGACAUCAGUGGCCAUGAUGCUAUUCUGCGUGGCAGUGUUAUGCGUUGGGGACGCGCGAGCGCGCUGCAAGUUGCGCAAGCACAUACACAAGGCCAUGCAGACGGACUUCACUGGUCGAAGGUGCUGGGACGACGUCAAGAUACAGUCCUGCUGGGGAUACUGUCUGUCCUACGAGAUUUCUGACUGGCGCUUCCCAUACAAGGAUUCGCACCACCAAGUGUGCGGUCACGAGGAGCGCAAGCACGCCUCCGUCAAACUGAGGCACUGCGACCCCGGCGUGGAGCCCGGCACCGACACCUACCACUACAUCGAGGCGACUAGCUGCAAGUGCCAGGUAUGUUCGUCAGAAGACACGAGCUGCGAGUGGUUGCCUCCCGACUCCAGCCUCCUCGGCGGCCUGGUCCUCAAGGAGGAGAUAGAAGAGGAGGAAUAACACUAACGCGUACAAGGACCGAGCUACAUCGCAAGUUAUGUUA